CACUUGUCAGCAGCAACUCGGAGCUGCUGCUCUGCCGCUCUGCACAGAUGCAAACUUCACGUCCAAGUGGAAACAUACGGUGCAGACCACAAACUGAGCAGGAUGGCAGAGAAAAGAGGGGAUGAAGUUCUGUUUCCGCAAAGGGGCCGCACUCUGAGUUUAUUUUAAGCUGGCCGCAUGUGAACUAAAUGAAAACAGAGAACCCCCUACCUGGAAGACAUCGAAGAACUAAGUGGAUUGGAGAAGGCAGAGGCCGAGUGAGGGAGUCAGAGGGAGGGAAGACAGAGGGGAUUAGCAGCUAAUCCAGUGCAUGGACAAUCCCGGAGCAGCUUUAUCAUUCUUCCAGGACGAUGCAGACAAAACAGUUGCUGGAUUACAGCGCUUUACUUCAUUGCCCUUUCCAGGAGUGCAUCACCCUUCGUUUUUCUUUGCUCUGAUUGGUUUUAUUGCCUCUCAAAGGCCUUGUGUCCUGGGCGGAGAAGGACCUGGGAGCAGAGGACAAAGAAGCGAGGCGGCAGGCCUGUGGAAAGGAUGUCCUGUGGACGGUGUGGGGCCACACAUGGAUAAAAAGCUUUUUAGUGGGAGACGGUGUGUGGCAGUGGACCCCCUGUUGUCCUGCUAAGAGGAAGACACUGAAGAAGACAUCAGAAAACAGACUUCUGUCUGAAGUUAGGACGUGUUGCACAGAAAGGCUUCACUGCCAGUAAGCAACACAGGAGACACGCUGUGUUGAUGAUCAGCUGUGGUUCGUUUCUUUUAAAGUGUAGGAUUAUAGAAAAUUGCUGAAGGCUGCUGAACCUAAAACAGGAACGCAGGUGAAAUUGGACCCCGAAACUGGAAUUCAGACUUGACUGACAUGUAAUUGGAGCUCAGACAUUCUCAGUUGAUAUAAAGGGAAAUUACACAACUUUUCUGCCGCCAUGAGUCUGGGAAAACUGCCAGGGAUUAAAGGCCUUGUGUCGGGCUCACAGGGUAAACGCCGCUUUAAGAGCGACCUCUCCGUGGACAUGAUCAGCCCUCCGCUGGGCGACUUCCGACACACUAUGCACGUAGGCCGUGGCGGGGAUGUGUUUGGUGACACUUCCUUCCUCAGCAACUACGGGGGCAACAGGGAGCCAGGAAGUCCAGACUCUGCCAACAGCUCCAAGACAACCGGGUUCUUUACGCGCACCUUUCGCCACGUACGGAAGAACUCUGGGCCACGGCCGCGAGGAGGUUCUCGAGACUUGUCGUCCCCGCCGCCGGACAUCUCACCCAUCAUCAAGAAUGCCAUCUCGUUGCCCCAGCUGAACGUGGACUCCCCCAACGGGUGCCUACAGAGGGGGCUGUUCCCCAGCUCCAUCAGCUCGACAGACGACUCCUUCUACACAUAUGGUCUGGAGUCUGGAUUCGUCACUCUGCCCCGCCUCUCUCGCCUUGACAGACAAUUCCAGGAUGGAGACGUCCGCAAAGGGUCUCUCCCAGAAGGCAGCGGCAUCACCCUGACGCGCUCCGACUCCCUCACCUCCUUCACUGUGGACCUCGGCCCUUCUCUCAUGGCCGAGAUGCUGAGCUUGAUGGACAACCCCAGCUGCCUUCAGACAUCCAAUCACAGCCGGGCGGCAGGUGAGGAGGAGGAGGAGGAGAGAGGGAAGGAGGAAGAGGAUGAUGACGGCUCUCUAACAGAGACGCCUGUGCAGACCCCUGCGGUGACGUCACCGAGCGCCUCCAUGUGCCGUGGGGCAUUUGGUCGGAGUAGCAACAACAGGCGCUCUUGUAGCUCCAACUGGACAGAUCAGGAGGAGGAUGGGAGGUCUGCACGGACGCCUGAUGUGUCGGCUGGGUCUCCUCUGACAGCAGAGCCUGCGAUGGAGGCAGAAAGGUUCCAGAGGGCAGCAGACGUCCUGUCUCGUCAUUACGGCGGCGGGUCCUUCACAAAGGGGGUGAGGAGGAGCAGCAGCAGCAGCAGCAGCUCACCGGCUUUUUCCCCAAGCCACAAAACACCAUGUGCCUUAAAUGAAGAGGAGGAAGAGAUCAAAGUCUGAGGUCAAACUCUUAAACCAUCCGUCCUAAGUCAGGAAAGAUGUAAUGUGUGAUGUUCUGUUGUCCUCCACAGAAACGUUUCUCCUCUUCUUACAUGAACACACAUGGUAAGUGAUGAACUGGUCCUGUUCAGGCCCUGAAGAAAACACAUCAGCUGUCAGUCCUGACUCCGGACCGUCUUUCUCUCCGUACUACAUUCCUCAUGUGAUACUUUACAGAUUAUUUAUCGGAUUCCUUUCAGGACGUAGACAUCUAACACUAUAUAAUCACAACGUUUACCAACAAAAGACUUAAAGGUCUGAACCUGGGAUUUGAGCAACACAUAUCUUCAUUUUAUUACAAUACUGCAUACAUUGUGAAUCUGUCAUUAGGGAAUAAAGUACUUUUUUUUUUUCUUUUUUUUUUUUACAGUUGUACAUUUCUAAUAUUCACCUGAAGUCUCUGUGACGACCUCCUGUAACUCGUAUAAAAUUCAUCACUGUUAGACUUCAUGUUCUAAAAAGACUGAGUUGAUGUAAUAAAAUGACUGAUUGAAAACAGA